AUGCAAGAUCCUGUUCCUCAUAUUGAUUCGCACAACUUUACUCAAGGUCCUGUUUUUCAUAAUGACACCCGAGUCCCUCUGCUUGAUACUAAUUCGCAUGAGGCUAUACAAGUUCCUUGCAUUAAUUCCUAUGCUGUUCAAGAAUAUGCAAAGCCUGAAACACGACUUGUUCCAAACUAUGCACUUCUUUCGGGUGGUGCACGUGUAAUUCCUCAUAUGACUUCUAAUGAAUAUGUCAGUUACCCAGAAGAAUUCGUUAAACGUCAGGUCUCGAAGAUGUUUAAUAUCAAGUCUAUCCAAUCAAAACCGGCAAAGAUCGUCUUAACAUCAAACAAUGAAGCAGGAAACUGCUUUUGUUUUACCGGCACUCAUGGACAACUUGCAAUUCAUUUAAUCGGG